AUGGCCGAGCCAACGAUUGAGAUUGCGGAGACCAUCCAAACUGCCUCUGUGAACCCCGAUCCCUGCCCAGCUCACGACAUCAAUCCAACCACCUCCGUCUCGGAGAAGAAGUCGCACGUUCCUGAAUCCGCAAUCACUGACGACACGGACAGCAUCCCGUCUGAUGUGGUUGACCCCAGUCGAAUGGUGAGGACGGUGGUCAGGCAGAAGCAUCUUCCUCCAUUGCCGGAUUUGCGGUUUGAGCAGAGCUACUUGGCUAGUCUGAAGGAUGCGGAUACCUGGGGGCGAGUUGCUUGGAUUACGAUUAGGGAUCAAGUCAUUCUUCCGCUAGUUCAGGGCACCCUCUGGACCCUCGCCCUCUCCGGAUGGCGGUACUGGAACCGCAACGCCUCGCUGAGCGGCAGAACACUGGGAAGCAGGAUACGCCGAUGGUGGUACGAGGUCAAUAACUGGAAGCUUCCUCCUUUAAAGUUUACAAAGGACUCUCGAUUCGCAGGUCAGGUUGAAGAUUUCUUACAGUUCUACAAGACUCAAUUCGCAAACGCUGGUUCUGACUAA